GGGGACUCAUUCCUGGGGAUCAAUAUGGAAAGGGGGAGUGUCAGGAGGAUGGAGCCAGGCUCUUCUGGUGACAACCAGUGACAGGACAAGGGGCAAUGGGUGCAAACUGGAACACAGGAGGUUCCACUUAAAUUUGAGAAGAAACUUGUUCCUGGUGAGGGUGGCAGAGCCUGGCCCAGGCUGCCCAGGGGGUUGUGGAGUCUCCUUCUGUGCAGACAUUCCAACCCGCCUGGACACCUUCCUGUGUAACCUCAUCUGGGUGUUCCUGCUCCAUGGGGGGAUUGCACUGGAUGAGCUUUCCAGGGCCCUUCAACCCCUGACAUUCUGUCAUUCUGUGACCCGAGGUCCGCCGCCGCCAUCUUGUUUACUAUCACCAUAGCAACGAGCGCGGCCGGGCGGGAGCCGCCAUCUUGUUUGGCGUCUCCACAGCAACGAGCGCGGCCGGGCCGGAGCCAUGGCGGGCCCGGGGCGGCUGGAGGAGCUGGAGCUCAGCGCCGAGGAGGCCGAGCGGCUCCAACGCGCCUUCCGCGACGAAAAGUUCCGUGCGCUGUUCGCCGAGUACGCGGCGGAGCUAACCGACCCGGAGCAGCGGCGGCUGUACGAGGAGGAGGUGGCGGCGCUGGAGCGGGAGCGCGGUGUGGAGGUUCGCUUCGUCCAUCCCACACCGGGCUACGUGCUCCGCACCAGCCAGGCCGGCUCCCGCCGCUGCUACCUCAACAUCUGCAGCAACCCGCACAUCGGGGAGCCGCGGGCGCGCCCGGAGCCCGGCGGCCACCGCUGGUCGCUGCCCUACAGCCUGGCGCCGGGCCGCGAAGAGCUGGGCCGCGGCGGACACCGCCGCCUGGUCUACGACGUGGUUUUCCACCCGGCCGCGCUCCGCCUGGCCGCCCGCAGCGCCCGGUUCCGCCGCCUGCUCAGCGACACGGCGCUGGAGGCCGUGGAGCGGCACUGCUCCGCGCAGCUGGACCGCGCCAACGCCGCCGUGCUCCGCCGCGCCAAGUACAAGGGCGUCCCGCAGGCGCCCGUCAUCCGCACCCCGCUGCCCGGCGGCGCCCCCGCACCGCCCGCCGACCGGGACUCCCCGCUGCCGCCCUUCCCCGCCGCCCGCGACUCCCCACUGCCGCCCUUCCCCGCCCCGCCGCCGCCCGCCGCCCGGGACUCCCCGCUGCCGCCCGCCGGCCCCACCACGCCGCGCUGGAGCAUCCGCCACCGCUCGUACGUGGACCUGCAGGACUAUCGCUGCUCCCGCGACUCGGCGCCCAGCCCGGUGCCGCGGGAGCUGGUGGUGACGGUGGAGCUGCCGCUGCUGCGCUCCGCGGCGCAGGCCGAGCUGGAGAUCCGCGGCCGGGAGCUGCGGCUCGACUCGCAGCGUCCCGCCUACCGCCUGCGCCUCCGCCUCCCCUACGACGUGGACGAGAGCGGCGGGCGCGCCGCCUUCAACAAGGCCCAGCGGCAGCUGCAGGUCACGCUGCCCGUGCUGCAGCGGCCCGGCCCGCGGGAGCACACGGGAACGGGCGGGGAGCGGCCGGAGGAGCCCGGGGCGGAGGGUGCGGCCGAGCCCGGUGCCGAGGAUCCGGCCGAGCCCGGUGCCGAGGAUCCGGCCGAGCCCGGUGCCGAGGAUCCGGCCGAGCCCGGUGCCGAGGAUCCCGCCGAGCGCGGGGCGGAGGGUCCGACCGAGCCCGGUGCCGAGGAUCCCGCCGAGCCCUGGGCGGAGGAACCCGUCGAUCCCGGUGCGGAGGGUCCGGCCGAGCCCGGGGCGGCUGAGCCGGACUGUGGGGCGGCUCCUCCCCCGGUUCCCGCCGAGCCGCCCCCACCCCGCUCCGGCGCCGCUUCCCCCGUUCCGAGCGCCAGCCCCGAGCCGGCCAUGCCCAGCGGGGCCGCCCCUCCGUCCCCCCCCGAGAGCCCGGCCACAGGGGGCAGCCCCGGCGAGGUGACUGUUGGCCGGGGCUCCAGCAGCCCCGGGGCCGCCGUGUGCCCGCCGUUCCAGUGCCGGCAGGACGAGGCGUCGCUCACCCUGCUCCUCCAUGUGCCCGGCAUCCAGCCCCACAGCCUCAGCGGGGACGUGGGCACCAACCACUACAGCCUGCGCUUCUCCACUGACACCGGCACCUUCACCCUGUUCCUACAGUUCCCUCCCGCCAACAGGCUGCUGUCCCCCGAGACCUGCGUGAGCGUGUCUGCCCACAACGCGGCCAUCGCGCUGGCCAAGGCCCCUGGCGGCGCGGGGCCCUGGGAGAAGUUCUGCUUCGGCCUCGACGCCUCCGCUCUGCAGGAAAGACUGUUUGUCAGUGAGGAAAACGUUGAUGGAUUCCUAGGCAGGGUUUUCUGCCCUUCCUCUUGCUCCCAAUCAGCGCUGGAAAGUCAGCCGUUAAUUGAAGUGCUCCAUGUUGCUGAGGACAGAAUGCAGAUGAGGUUGCAGCCGCAGGAAGCAGCAGCGUGUUCUGGACAGGGUGGAAAACAAGAACAACUCAGCAGCUCAGGAGGGGAUCUCGCUGGAAAGACAAACGGUGACAACCCGCAAGCAAACGCAGAAACAAACCGUCCGGCGGCUGACGCAGACAAAGGAGAACACGCUACAGAACCCAGCAGAACUUCCACAUCUCCCACAACAGCUGAAACAAUAGGAAAAGUGGGUUGUAGUUCACAGCAUUGUUUGCAGCCUGAACCUCCUGACACCAGUUCAGUGGUUCCUGGAGAACGUGGGAGAAAGGAACCAGAUUUGGAAGGUGUUGCCGCAGAAUCAGAACGGGCAGGAGGGGACGGGGAUGGGGACGGGGAUGGGGAUGGGGACGGGGAUGGGGACGGGGAUGGGGACGGGGACGGGGAUGGGGACGGGGAUGGGGACGGGGGGGUCCUGCGGGAGCUGAGCCCGCGGGACGGGAGCGUGAGGGUCCUCGGGGAUCACACCACGCGCUGCCCGCUCGCCUUCCAGAACCCGCUGCUCUAUGAAUUAGACUAGUUUGAAUUCUUUUAGGCUUUCCUUCUGUUGUUUGAUUCUCACUGCGACUUCCACGCGCUGGUUUGUGACUUCAGGGCUAAGAGCAGAACACGGGUUCCCACCAAAAUUGUUGUUUACAGAGUCUUUACGUUGUUAAUAAUUUUUGAAGUUAAUAGCUCAAGAGUUUUCUCAUUCUAUGUAUAGGCUGAAAUAGUUUUACUUACAAGGAAGAUGCAGCUGAAGGUGAAUUUGAGCACCUGCAAGAAAACGCAUCGUUAUUAUUUACAUGAAUUUCUUAGUCUCUUGCUACAUGACAGGGAGGUUUUGUAUUUAUCCGUCUUCUAAUGGCUCCCUGGGGAAUUGCUGUUGAGUCCACCUAGAAAUGAGCAGCAUUCAUCAUUUCUCAAACCCUUCAUUUUGUGAGAACUGCAGGAUUAGACUCGCACUGAUUUUUAGCAAUCAAAUGAAAUUUCUAAUUACAGGGAGAAGUUCUAAUUAGUCUCCCAGAAAUAAUCAGCAUUUAUACCGUGUGUUCCAUCCUAGCACAUCCCCUCAGAACACGGCACCCAAACAUACCCCAGUCUGUCAACCGAACAAAUUCAAUUGCACCAUGGAAACAUCCUCUCUUGUUACACGACUGCUUUAAGUAUUUAGAAUUUGUAAAACGGACUCACUUGAUCCAGAUUAAAUGCACUUGUCAAAACCAGUUUCCCCCAUGAGCUCGGACGUGCUGCUUGCUGGGUCAUCUCUAAAGUGCGGUAACCAAAAGAACAUACCUAAUAAUAAACAGCUUUCGGUUCCCUUUCUGCUUUUGAAA